UCGUGACAGAUUGAGGGGAGAAUUAUGCCACCUGUUAUUUCUUGGUGGACCUCAGUAUUUCAUUGACAAGAAAGCGCGGUAAAAUUUCAAACCGUUUCGACCUCUCUGGGCAAGGAGUUGCAUCGAAAGAGAGAAAUCUGCAUUGAGAAGACGGUUCUUUGUUGAACAAUACUUCUGAGCGUGAUUCGAGUUUCGAAUUUCCUGUUACUAUAGAAUUUUCGAUGCGUGGAAAGAAUUCAAACAUCUGCUAUGGAUUGAUGUGAUAUAAGGCGAAAAAUAAGACGCUUAAGAUCAAAUAUCUGUCUAUCGAGUAUUAAUUAACGACCUGAAAGACAUUUUGUGUCGCUGGAAGGGAAAUCAGGUCUGUGUUGAUUUUCGUGUGUUACGCGUUGAAGUUAUCAACCUCACCAUCUGGUGUUUUUCUUGAUCUUUGACUUCAGGAAAGUUUUGAUGAUAUUAAUUGACUUGUUUUAACAAGAAUUAGCGCCUACAGCAUAGCAAUGGGGUCUGUAAUGGUUUUGGCGGACCUCAAUCCGUUUCUUAUCAAUUCAGCUUAAUUGAAGCCAGCGACUGCGAUGGAUUUGCUGGGCUCAAGUUUGAAGUUUAAUUGAAAGAAAAUGUUCCCUCCACGAAGAAAAUGCAGAAAACUGCUUGUCUGGGUUGCUCUCGCUGUCGUUGCUCAAGUAAUGCUCGCCUUUUUCCUGCAUGGAGAGUUUAAUUUCGCGCCAAUCGAGCAGACGAGGACUAGAAAGAGAAACACAAAGAUACGUUCACGUCUGCGACUUCAGAGUCAAGGUGGCCAUCAGUUGGAAGAAAUUAAUAUGUUUAUCGCACGUUCAAAACUAGAGCAUGCUCAUGGGAAGGACGAGGGUACAGAUUAUGCCGAAACUUUGUUAAUUAAGGAAAUUAAAUCAACAGAUUUUCCGCGAAUGUCUGGAAGGAAUCUUUACAACCCUUUGCGUGUCAACGAACGAAAUCAAUCUAUUAACCUUUCAACAACGAUAAGCGGCCGUCAAGUAGUCAAAGGAAAAGAAAUAUUUGUUGAUCAGUCUGUCAGAAAGAAGACUACUUUUGAUCACGAAUUGAGAGCAGAAAAUCUUAGACAAUCGCAUAACCUCACAGAGCUAGACGAUGUGUUUAUAUCAAUCAAGACAACAAGUGAUUACCACGAAGCGCGCGUUACACUCUUGGUUGACACAUGGUUUCAAAAUGCUAAAAAACAGGUUCAUUUUUUCACAGAUCGUGAAGACAGCAAAUUAAAUGAAAGUUUAGGAGGCCACCUUAUCAAGACUGCAUGUGAAACAGGGCACCAAAGGGCAAAACUUUGUUGCAAGAUGCAGGCCGAGCUCGAUUUCUUUGUUAAGAACUUCAACACAAAGUGGUUCUGCCAUUUUGACGACGAUAACUACGUCAAUGUCCAUACACUGGUGAAAACACUAAAAAAUUUCAACCCGCUCGAGGAUGUGUACCUUGGGAGACCAAGUCUGACGAAAGCGAUGGAGGCCUGGGAUAGAUUAGAUGGAUAUAACAGAAAGAAAUUUUGGUUUGCAACUGGUGGGGCAGGGUUUUGUUUGAGCCAUGCCUUAGUGGCGAGAAUGAGCCCUCAUAUCAGUGAUGGCAAGUUUGCAGAGAGCUGUGAGCGGAUUAAAGUUCCAGAUGACUGCACCAUUGGAUUUAUUAGUGAAUCUCUUCUUAACGUGAGUUUGACAAGACUGGAUCUUUUUCAUUCUCACCUUGAAAAUCUUCCAAGCAUACAACAAAGCGAAAUUAAGGAACAGAUUAGUUUUAGUCAUGGUUAUAUCGGUGGCAGAUACAAUCGAGUCAAUAUAGCUGGACCUUUUGACCAGGAACAGGACCCAACGCGGUUUAAAUCAAUCCAUUGCCUACUUUAUCCUGAGACAGGCUGGUGUCCGAAGUCAGGAGACGUUAAUGAUAAAAAGAAUCAUUCGUUGCAGUCGAAGAGAUAACAAAAGCUACCUCCCUAGAAGAGAUUUUAAAUUCGUUUUAGUUUAUUAUGAUGUUGUAUCAAAUAGCAAUAUUUUGUUCAAAUUUUCUAUUCGUUCUCUUUUUUAAAUUAUUCUUACACUACGCGUUUUUACGUGCGUUCACAUUAGUUGUAUAAAAUAGUUCAAAAUAAAACUAUUUGUAUAUUUUGACGCAAAUAAAGGUUACGGUGUAACCAUCAAAACUUGGGAAAGAAUUUCAUUUACGAUUUUUAUGUACAAUUGUUCUGUGUUGCAUGUAUAUGAUGUCCAUCACUUCAAAAUUAUUUUUGAAAUUAAAUGAAGACC